AUGUCACGGCAGGUGUCCGGCAUGUCACCGCAUGUCACGGUGUUUGUGGUGGUUGCACAAAAGUACCUUCAGUAGGCUCAUGCGUCUGUUCAUUGGCUGGCUCGUGUGAUUUUCUCGUCGUACAGAAGAACGGGGGGCGGUCCAUCAUCACCAGCUAGAGAGGGGGGUGUUAUCCAUCAUCAUUCGCUAGAGGGUGGUGUCCAUCAUCAGCUAGCGAGGGGGGUGGUAUCCAUCGUCACCAGCUAUAGAGGGGGGGGGUGCUAUCCAUCGUCAUCAGCUAGAGAGGAAAAAAAAACGUUAAAAAAUGAGGAGUGGCCAAAAUCGGGUACACCCGGCCCCAAUCCGGCCAUUAUCGGGUACACUUGUUUUUCAUAGUAGUCGGCAGCGCCCUCCUGGCGCCAUCUGAUUGGCCGACGCCCGCCCCUACCCGGCCCUGGCCCUAUUCCCACCGGGUGCACCCGAUUUUGGCUACUCACUCCCCGGAGGGGUACCCGAUCUUACUCUCGCCUACCCGAAAAUGGCUGGGCUAUUCGACCAACAGACCAACAGCAGACCACGCUCACGAACACACGUCACCAACACCCCGCACUCGAGUUCCGACGCUUCCGACGGCGGGCGGAGGCGAACCUAACGCGGCUAACGCGGCGGAACUCUCGUUUGAAGUGGAUGUCUCUCCUGCAAGCCUCCUCCUGCAACCCACCGCCGACGGCGGAACUCUCUCGGUUCUCGUUUCGUAUCGGAGAGGGAGGAGAGAGAGGGCCAGGCGGGCGGCGGUGGAUGGAUACCUCUCAAUACCUCACGUGAUCACUUGAGCUGCACACAAACACAUGACUCAGCUCAGAUAUGUCCACGGAAACAUCAGGCACAGAAGCAUCAGGGUGUCGCUUUCGUCUGGAAAACAUGUAUAGACACAUCAAGACCGGAGAUGUAUGGCAUGUUGUUGUGUACGCAGAGGUCGUUCGUACACAGCAAUGCAGCAGCAGUAAG